GGGAAGGCGGUCCCCCCAGUGACGAAUGCACAAUUGCAAUAUGGGAAGGGGGCGGAUCCAGCACCAAAUGUCUACCCUGCACGGCCACAGAUUUCACCUCUGCAAAUAGGGUUGAAACGGGACCAUGGGUACCGAAGGACCGCUCUGGAAAAAAGUUCAGUCUUUCACCGGUCCGGUUCCGCGAUCCAGGCAUGGGCAUAGGGCCGUGGCCAUCCGGGAGCUGAUCAUCAUCUUCGGGGGAGGGAACGAAGGGAUCGCCGAGGAGCUGCAUGUUUACAACACCGUGUCCAGACAAUGGUUCCUGCCGGCGGUGCGAGGGGACAUCCCCCCAGGCUGCGCCGCCCAUGGCUUCGCUUGUGAAGGGCAUCGAGUGCUGGUCUUCGGCGGGAUGCUCGAGUACGGAAAGUACAGUAACAGCCUCUACGAGCUGCAGGCCAGCCGGUGGCUGUGGAAGAAGCUGAAGGCCCGGCCCCCCAGGAAUGGAACGCUUCCGUGCCCCCGCAUCGGACACAGCUUCACCCUGAUAGGAAACAAGUGCUACCUGUUUGGGGGUCUGGCUAAUGACAGCGACGACCCCAACAGCAACGUCCCCAGGUACCUGGGUGACCUCUAUGAGCUGGAGCUCCAAGCCUCGUCUGGGGUGAAGGGCUGGAAUGUGCCAGAAACAAAGGGUUGCGGCCCCUCGGCCCGGGAGUCCCACACCGCCGUGGCCCACUGCAGCAAGAGCAGCUACUCACCCAAACUCUACGUCUUCGGGGGGAUGAGCGGCCAGCGGCUGGGUGAUCUCUGGCAGCUGGACGUCGAAACCAUGACCUGGUCAACCCCUGAAACCAAAGGUCCGCCCCCUUUUCCCAGAAGCCUUCACUCUGCCAGCGUCAUCGGAAACAAGAUGUACAUCUUCGGGGGCUGGGUCCCCGUGUUGAAGACCGAUGACAAGCCAAAUGCUCUGGGGGAGGAGUGGAUUUGCACCAACUCCCUGUCUGUGCUAGACUUUGACAGCAUGACGUGGAAGAGUUUGGGACCCCCAGAAGCAGAGGGUGAGGGGCUGCCCAGCGGCCCCAGGGCCAGAGCUGGUCACUGUGCCACCGCCAUUGGCUCCCGCCUUUACAUCUGGAGCGGCCGUGACGGAUACAGGAAGAGCUGGAAUUGCCAGGUCUGCUGCAAAGAUCUGUGGUACCUGGAGACAGAGAGACCCUGUACCGCAGCCCCUGUCAUGCUGGUUAAGGCCACCAUCAGCAUGCUGCAUGUGGCAUGGCGCCCCCUACCUGCCACCGAGAGCUACCUGCUGCAGAUUCAGCCUGUUACUCCCUCCCAGCCGGUGCCUCGAGGUUCUGCCUCAUCGCCUUCGGGUCAGCAGUCGGGUCAUAUGCCAGGGGUGGGGGCGGACCCUAAUAGAGGCGUUCCGCUUUCCCAGGGUCUUGCAGAAGUACAUGGGAUCUCUCAUCAAGGGGGGAACAUCGCCCCUUGUGGCCAGGGACUCUCAUCCGGCAGAUCUGAGGAGGUAUUCAUGGGUGUGCCGAAUAGCAAUGUGAAGCCCUCGAACCAUGAGCCAAUGGACACUUCAGAAAACAGCUUUCUUCCAGGGACGGUUACAAAGGAAGACAGAUUGGACCACACUGUUGUCGAUCCAGUUUCCAUGGAUACAGAGGAUGGAGCUCAAGAUCAAGGUCACUGUGUGCCAAAUGCUACACCAGGAACCACGGUUUCUACAUCCAAGACCCAAGCAGGCCUGGUGGCGCCACCUGGUGGUAACCUGUGUGACUCCACGUGGUACGACGUGGGACUGUUUAAAACCCUGUUCUGCGAAGUCACCCACUACAGCCUUCCGAGUGAGAAUGGCCAGGCCGUGCCGGUGAAGACGCCCGAUUCUCAGGACCCUGAGUGCAGAGCGAAGCAGGAACUGGCCCCCGGGGUCCUUUACAGGUUCAGGGUGGCGGGAGUCAACUCCUGCGGACAGGGGGACUUCAGUCCCCUAGUGGAAUUCAAAACUUGCCAACCUGGCUUUCCUGGAGCGCCCUCUGCUGUCAGAAUUACAAAGGCAACUGAUUCCGUACACAUCACCUGGGAGCCGCCUACCUCCCCAUCUGGAAAAAUCCUGGAAUACUCCAUGUACCUGGCAGUCCGGAAGUCCCGUUCGAACAGCACCACUGUACCACUAGACUUCAUCCGGAUAUACCGAGGCACCAAGACCGCUUGCAACGUCACCCAGACGCACCUGAGCAAUGCCUACAUCGACUGCUCGGGCCGUCCUGCCAUUGUCCUCCGCAUCGCCGCCAAGAACGAGCAGGGCUACGGUCCCGCCACGCAGAUCCGGUGGCUGCAGGGUACAGACUUCCCACUGCUUUCACAGCAUGCCACUGGGCGUAGGUAGGGUAAAUAUUUCAGGACAGCGCCCCCUGCUGGGGAAGUCAGACUCCGAGCCCCACGCUGUCUCUGCCUGUGCAGAGAUUAGAAGGUGGUGGCCGAAGGAAGGAGAUGGCGCCAAGACGAGAAUCCCAGCCCAUAAUCAAGAAGAAGCAGAUAUUUCGGGGCUCAAGCAGCGUUUGCGUAGGAUCCCUGUUGUUUUUAUGUUCUAAUUUACCUGUCAGUAAUAUCACCCCGCGAUUAAUGCUCACCGUAACGCAUAGAACAUUAUGAGUGAUCGUGAGUUUAAUUUGUCGGGUUUUUACAUUUUUAUCAUUGGAUGCCGACGAAUUUUGCAUUCAAAUACAAGCAGACGGCGUAACAAUGCGAAGCUGGCGGGAUACGGGAAGCAGAAAGUUGCAAAUGCGUCGAGUCUGUAAGCUGUACACUUUGGAGAGGAUGAAGGGGCGACUCGUUUUCCCAUUUAUCCUCGUCUGAACAAGUCGCAGCAUUACGUACAUCCACUUCGGCAUGCAGUUGUAAUGUUGAUCUCUCACUUUCAACUCCACCUUAAAAGAAAACUUGCUAAAUCGUGGGCUGUAUUGCUAGGUUUUUGCAACAACUUUUUUAAAUACUGUUUUUUAUACAUUGCGUGUACGAACACGAUCGGUGGCGUUAAUCGUGUGUCACCUGUAUUUUAACUUAAUUUCUUUUCAGCAGAGCUUGUGAUUGUCAGAAUGAUAGACUGGUUGUCCUCUUCCAUUUCACAACUGACCAGCGUUCCCCUUCCAUUGACCUUCCUAGCGUAAGGUUCACCUCCCCUGCACGUUACACUACUACAACCCAGUGAUUUGUUGGAUUUUUUAAAAAUUUUCCCGAUAAUAGAGAGAGAAUCUGCGUUAAACGGAGAAAAGAGGUUUAGAAGCGGCAUCCGAUUGGUGAACCAACUGCUCCACUUUGUGUGCUUUUUAAUUUUUUUGUGCCUUAUCGUGCAGCUCCACCGUGCAUUUAUCGUAUGGGAUUCACUGGAUUAGAUGCAGUGUUACGAUGUGAGCACCGGUGGAUGCAAGGUUGUUAGCAGGUUGUGCCACGAUUUGUUCUGGCCUAGAAACUCUUAUUCCUGCGUGCGGUCAAUCAAAGGGAUAUAUUCCUUGGGGGGGGGGGGGGGCUGUUCACUUUUCAGCGGCUCUCUAUCGUAUUUAGUUGUACGUACGUGCAAUAAGAGAUUUCAGUCAAAUUCCGUUUAUAAAUUCAGCUUUGAUUAUUUACUCUGAGUAGGUAGAAGUAGGCCUAAUAUUUUGCUGUAUGUGCCAGUUAUGUUUUCGUUAAGCAUGGAGGUUGAUCGUAUGGGGGAGUGUGCAGAAGUGCAGUUUUAAUCAUUCGUAUUUAUCAGGCACCUUAAUUAUCAGUGUACUCGUGCGGACGUUGACUUUUGCCAAGAGACCGGAGACCUUUAUUAGAAUCUGUGUCUCUGUAUUACUUUGAACGCGCAUAAAAACACAACAUUAAAGGUGUAAAAGGCUUAUUUUGUUGGCUGAUUUGCCGAGGUUUCCAUGUGGAAGGGGUAGCAGUGACGGGCAUUGUCUUCCAAACACACAUGGGUGGUGUGUGGCUGGAUGGUACUCCUAGGCCGUCUUAACCCUCCCCGAUCCGUUAUGUGAACUUACACCGGGGAUGCCAGUUCCAUUUAUCAAUCGAUUUCCACAUAGCGAAACCAGAUGGGCCUAGUGACGGGCGUCCUGCCAUGUUUGUACUAUCCCUGAAGCUGAUUGGCUUUAGGGGUUAUCUGAGGAUGGAGGAAACCUGCGGUAGUUCCACAGAGGCUGGAUGAAGCCGGAGCCGCUUCUCCUAGCGGACGGCCGCAUGUGACAAACCACAGUGUGCGUGUCCCUAACCGUCCGGUGGCUCCCAGCACAUGGUGCUUUCCCGUUAGUUUGUUACUUUAAUUUUCUCAGAUGUCGGCGUGGUUGUAGUCACUCAGCGACCGUGUAUGUAUGUACUCCGUUAAUUUUAGGCGGUGGAUCUGUGCUGUUUAAACCCCGAUGUCCCAGUGAACAAAAUGGGGUUGAAGACAAUGUCGGCAUCAUCCGUAACUGAAUUCACAACGAUGCAGGUUAAUGUAGUUUUCUUUCAGGAUUGCUGCCAUCCACGGACGUUGCGUAUGAACUAUUUUGCGCAAAGAGAGAAAAUCAUGUAAAACAGGACACGAGCUAAAUCUGGCUCUUGCCAGCGCAAGUAACGUAUCAAUAUUUGAUCACGAAAAACAAUAAAUUUGAUAAACCGUCA